AUGCAUGCCAUUUUGAUGUAUGGGCUUAAAUCGAUCAAAGUCCUUUCCUUAUUUGACUGCAAGGGUCAGAAUUCUUUUUUUAAAGAUUUGCAUUCCCAUCCUGCUCUACCAACAAAAAUCAAAGAUGCCACAAUUCUAUCUGAAAGACUAAAGCUUUAUAAACGAAUAAUUAGUCAUUAUGUAGAAGAUUAUGCCAAGAAAGAUGAAAAAACUCAUCCUUCCAAUUCAACACAACUGACCUUUAUGCCCUGGGAUGAGAGGAAUUCUGUAUGGCCAGCCUUGAAAAGUGAAAUUGCUCGAAUAUUUGAUGAUGUUAUUGACCAGUUGCAUAUUUUCCAUAUCCAGGAGCUUUAUGCAAGAGGAUUAGAUAAAACUGCUGAAGAGGUAAUGCUUACUAUAAAUAUUAGCCCUGAACUAGGUGAAAGCCUUUUGGAAAUCACAGGCCAACGAAUAAAAUAUUUCAUUGACAGACAGAUCCCUUCCAGAACAUUGGAAAUCUAUUCUACCAUGACCACAGCUAUAUCAGGAUGGCUAAAGAAACAGGAUCCCAGUAUUUUAUAUCGUCCAGAGUGCAAAAUGGAAGACAUCCGACAAUUGUUGAAUCAUGUGAUCAACUGUUUGGAAGAAGAAAGUGAAGAAUACAACCUUUCUCUAGGACUUGUUGACGUUGUUCAUUCUUUAUUAUGA